AUGCUUGCCGACUUUGAUAAAGCCUGUGGAAAGAUUGGUCUUCGACUAAAUCUCACAAAAACGAUGUUCAUGAAGAACGGAUUGGUUCCGUAUGCCCCAUUCACUCACAACGGAACGAAUAUGUCCGAAUGCUCCAGUUAUAUCUAUCUAGGCUGGGAAAUCAAUAUGAUGAACAACCUAGCUCCAGAGCUGAGCAGAAAGAAACGAGCGGCUUAG